AUGGAUAGCCAAUUUGCUAAUGAAAAGAAGGAAAUCGAUCAAGACAACUGUGUGGAUCAAGACAAUGUUACUUUGAAUGGUUUUAGCUUUUGUGCACGUCAUGGUCUCGAGGUGUGUCCAAAAUGCCCCACUGACAACCGUGGUAUAAACAACAUGAACGUGGAAGACAUGCUUCAUGAGAAGGUCGACCCGCAGGUUUUGGAAAAGAAAUGGAAAGGUGAUGACCGUGAGCCCUUCAAUGUGACCCAUCAAUGGACGCGUCUCUCUAAUGGCAAGCCUGGUUGCACUGCCCACAAGGAGGUUGCUUGCUCCGAAUGCUUUAAUUGGGAUGAGAAGGUCUUAAGCGGUAUUCAAGGAGCAAAGAAGACUGCCAGACGUGCUAGAAACAAGGCUCGUGCCGAAAAGAAUGCUGCAGUUGAAUAA